UAAGAAAUAAUAAAAAUCUGAGAGAGGGCUGAGCUGGAGGGACUCGGCUUUGCAAGGGUUAAAGGGAAGUGAGCUGCCUUCCUAGAGAGGACAGGAAGCGGGGGGGGGGGGCAGGUCCUCCAGAGCCAAGGCCCCUCCCUCCCCAGUCCUUUCCUGCUUCGGUGUCUCUCCUGCAAGGGCUGCCUCGCUGCCCCCUCCUGGGAUCUGGAUUUGCUAGAGCUUCUCAUUUAGACGGGCAGAACUUGGCAGAAGACCAAAGGGUUUCUUCCUAUCUCUCAGAGGCUUCCUGAGAGCACAGAUGGAUGAGGAAGACUCAGCUGGCCCUGGAACAGGAAGAGGCCAUGCAAGCCAAACUGGGAGCAGUGGGGGAUUCUGGGAAAACUCUGUGCAGAAGAUCCUGGGUGAGGAGGACACCCUCCGCUCAGAGGUGCAGAGCCAGCAGUUGAGGCAGUUCUGCUGCCAGGAGGCCAAAGGACCCCGAGAGGUUUGCAGCCGACUCCACCACCUUGACCAUCACAUGGCUGAAGCCAGAAAGGCACACGAAAGCUGAGAUGCUGGACCUGGUGAUCUUGGAGCAGUUCCUGGCUGUCCUUCCCCUGGAGAUGGAGAGCUGGGUGAGGGACUGUGGAGCGGAGACCAGUUCCCAGGCGGUGGCCCUGGCUGAAGGUUUCCUCCUGAGUCAGGCAGAGGAGAGAAAGCAGGGAAAGGAUCUCUUUGCAGAAAUGGACCUGGAUUCCUGUGAGGCAGAGAGGCCUCCGUUGGACACCAGAGAGAGGCCACUGGGUGACAGAAUGAUGCCGGCAAGACCUCCUGAUCCGCCUUUUCAUGGGGGCAGAAGGGAAGCAGCGGCUGUGGAACCAGAUCAGGUCAGGGAAAGCUGCCUUGUGGGGACAGAGGCCGAGGGAUGGAGCAAUGUCAUGGACUGGUUGGGCACAGAGGAAUGGUGGGAGGAAGCAGCCGGGGAACCAGGAAGGGAAGACGGCUCAGAGCCGAAGGAGUGGAGGUGGAGGAAGGAUGAGCGGUCAGAUGGAGAAGAGGGAGAAGCCUGGGAAGAGGAGGUGUCAGAAGCUGAAGGGGUAACAGGGCUUAGUGAGCUGGGAGAGUCUGUGGCAGAAUGCAGUGCAGAAUCAGAGGCAGAAGAGGAAGGAGGCAAGUGGGAGAGGAAGGUCGAGAGGCAGAGGUGAGUCAGGAGAAGGAGGAGCCACCGGUGGCUCCCUCUCCUUCUGCCAGAAGCCACCCUCCCUGCUUGUCUCUCAGAGCCAGGAGACCCCCUGCAAUGCAGGAAUCUCUGCUAGAUC